AUCAGUUCAAAAUGUUGGUUAAUGCAGGCGAUGCCGUGCUGAUGUUGUGACGUUAAGUGUUUUCCUACGCCGUGCGCCGGGAAGCUGAGAGAAUCGCGUAGCCUGCGCGCGAGGCCUGGGCGAGAUCACGCUCCGAAUUUACGGCGAUUAUGGCUGCUGCCGCCGUGAGCUCCAAUGUGGAAAAUCUGUCGCCACAAAUCAUCCGCCGGGUAGCCAAGGAGAUGGCAGAGCUGGCCGCGCAAACACCUGAAGGUAUUCGUGUCAUUUUGAACGAGGCCGAUGUCACCGACAUACAAGCCGUCAUCGAAGGCCCAGCGGGGACUCCAUACGCCAGUGGUUUCUUUAGAGUGAAAUUAGUUCUUGGAAAGGACUUUCCACAGGGACCGCCAAAGGCUUACUUUCUUACAAAAAUUUUUCACCCUAAUGUAGCAAAAAAUGGCGAAAUAUGUGUCAACACUUUAAAAAAGGAUUGGAAACCAGAUCUUGGGAUACAACAUAUAUUAUUAACUGUAAAAUGUCUACUAAUAGUGCCAAAUCCAGAAUCUGCUUUGAAUGAGGAAGCUGGCAAAUUGCUUUUAGAAAGUCAUGACGAAUAUUCAGAGCGAGCAAAAAUGAUGACUGAGAUACAUGCACAAGGAGGUGGAAAAGGAAGCAAGGCGGGCCUGGAAAGUUGUGCCUCUUCAGACAGUGGAGGACCCCUUCCAAAAAAACAUGCAAGUGAUAAGAAACUAACAGCGGAAAAGAAAAAAAUGUUAAAAGAUAAGAAGAGGACACUGAAGAGACUAUAAAAAAAAUUAAUAUUAUUUCUUCUGUCUUUUGUAAUUUAAAAUAUUAGUAUAAUAUGAUAAUGUUGCCUCGUAUUGUAUACAAUUAUUAUUGCAUAGUAAAAUUUUAUUAUCUAAACUUGACUGAUCUUAUUAUUAAGUAUGUAGAGAAUUUAAUAUGUCUAGAUACAUUAAAAAUAAGAAAAAGAUAAUAGAAAAAAUUGAUCUCCCACCUUCCCUAGAAGAUUAGUGUUCUGUAGUAAUCUGUACAAUCAUAGCCUGAAUUAGAAAUCUGUUCUAUACUAUCUAUUAGCAAAUAUUUUUACAUAUGUACAGAAUAAUAUACUUGUGAUUACUUAAGUAAAAUAAAGAAAAUGUCUCCUA